AUGAAGGUUUAUGACGUGCUCAAGAAGACAUCUGGAGAGCGAUUGAUACCCAGCAGUCAACUUCUUCAAUCCCCUCCAAUUACUCCUGCGAGAGACACGUUCAAGAAGAUUCUAGAAGUCACCCAGAAGAUGAUUGAGCUGCUGUCGGGAGAGGAGCAAAAAGCGAUCCAUGUAAAAGUUGAGGUUAAGAAGGAACACCAGGAGGCGGAGUACAUGAAGGGUGACCAGCAGUCUACAGAAGAAGUUCAGAUGAUGACGGCAGCUAAAGAAGAGGAACCUUCUCUAGAUAUCGGCACAGGGGAACGAGACAUUCCGGAAUCUUCCUGGAGACGUGACCCUGAUUACAAUUCUGUGGCAGACAUCACUGCUGAAUGUUCUCCAGGAGCCAACCCCGUCACUGACAAUAUACAUGGAGGACUAGGCCGUCCCGAUCGGCCAUCCAGUCCUAAUCAGUCAGAAACCAUCACCCCAAAUAUCCAGCCAAAAUCCCACAACAUGGAUUCUUCAGCGCCAUCCAAUUCUGAAGAAUCUUCAGCUGGUCCACAAAGCGAUUACAGAUUUCCGUGUUCUAAAUGCGAUAAAAGUUUCGGAAGGAGGACCCACCUACUGAGGCAUCUGCGUCAUCACACAGGAGUGCGACCAUUUUCGUGCUUGGACUGCGGGAAGUGUUUUCAAGAGAGAGCAAUUCUUCUUGCACACCAGAAGACCCACACAAAAGACAAGCCGUACACUUGCACAGAGUGUGGGAAAAGUUUUAAGCGGAAGGAUACCCUAGUUGUGCACCGGAAAACCCACACAGGUCAAGUGCCGUACACAUGCAUGGUGUGCGGGAAGUGUUAUACCCGGAAGGACAGUCUCAUGGUACACCAGAGAAAUCACUUGGGUGAAAUGCCACAUACGUGUAAAGUGUGCGGGAAGGGUUUCACGCGGAAAGGGACACUCACUGGUCACCUGCGAACCCACACAGGCGAGCGCCCGUUUUCCUGCCCAGAGUGUGGCAAAGGCUUUACACAUAGAUUUCGCCUUGAGCAGCACCAAAAACGGCACAUGGAUGAGAAUUCCCUGUCAUGCUCAGAUUGCAGACAGUCCUUCAACACUAAUGUCGAGCUGCAUGUUCAUCGGAGAGUUCACACGGGUGAGAGGAUCUUCUCAUGCUCACAAUGCAAUUAUAUAUCCAUAACCAAGUCACAGCUCAUUGCUCACCAGAGGGUUCACACCGGUGAGAAGCCCUUCUCUUGUUCUGAAUGUGGAAAAUGUUUUUCCUAUAAAGGAAAUCUCAACACCCAUUAUAAAUGCCACACAGGCCAAAAGCCCUUUACCUGCCCAGAGUGUGGGAAAUGUUUCGGCCAGAAGGGACAGCUGCUUUCUCACCGGAGAAGCCACACAGCUGUGCACCCUUUCUCCUGUUGCGAGUGCAGGAAAACAUUCAAAUUUAAACUUGAACUUGCCCUGCACCAGAGGUUACACAACGGCGAGAAGAUAUUUCCAUGCUCAGAGUGUGGGAAGUCCUUUAUAAAGAAGUCACAGCUUACGCUACACCAAAGGUGUCACACCGGCGAGAAACCCUUUUCCUGCUCCCACUGCUACAGAGCCUUCUCACACAAGAAACAUCUCAGUACUCAUAUGAAGUGCCACAUGGACGAGAAGCCUUUUUGCUGCCCGAAGUGUGGGAAAUGCUUCACAAAGAAAGCCAGUUUAAUUCAACACGAGAGAAGGCACGCUCACUGA